AGCGUACGUCAAACUGACGAAUAUGGCGAACGUGCUCGUAUGCCCGCUUACGUGGGGUGUAGCUAGUAAAUUCUAAAAUGCACUGAUCAAUAUCAUUUACCUUGCUCGAAUAUACCGUAUUAGAAUAAUGUCAUCGUAACCGUAUCAUGUUUAUGUGGAUUAAUAUUCCGCGGAUAACUAAACCAACUUCAAUUUGACAAGAUGGAGGAUACACAGCUGACCGAAGCGGAACACGAGCUUUAUGGAGAGACUUUCAACUGUUUUCGCAAAGACCCUGACGUUGAUGAAGUCCCAAUCGCCAAAGUCGCUCAACUUGUACGCACCACUCACAUACCGCGCCGCAUUGCCAAAAAGGUCAUGGAAAUAUGUGGAGCAACACGAGGUACCAAUCAUGUAAAUAGAAAGCAAUUCUAUUCGAUUCUGAAACUGAUAGCAGCUUAUCAACACGGACUGGAAAUCACACCUGACUUGCUAUCAAAUUCUUUAAAAUUAGACCUACCUUCAUUCUAUUGGCCCUACGGAGCAGUCUUAGCUGCCGGUAAAAAUGAAGACGUACUUUCUAGUACUAGUGAGAGUGAGAGCGAGGCUGAGUCUCCGAGGGAACAAGGGUGCAGUACAGAUUCACCUACCCCAACGAAUAGCGUGAUCCAAGAGCGUGGUGAAUUAGCUAUGGGAGGUGAAACUAUACUUGAUUCUUCUGGAAGCGGAUGGCAAGGCCUCCUUGUUUCAGAAGAACAAAGACAGCUACUCGGAACUGAAGAAGAAAGUUCCGAACGACACAGUAGCGACGAUGGAGAUGGCGAUGGCGAUGGAUCGAGUUUUCCCCCUAAAAGAGUUUGGAUCAUCAAUAAGGAGCAGCGAGAAUACUAUAGUGCGCAAUUUGCCCAACUGCAGCCAGACCCUGAGGGCUUAGUAGCCGGAUCUGUAGCUCGUACUUUUUUCGAGAAAUCGAAAUUGCCAGUAGCUGAGUUGAGACGCAUUUGGCAACUAGCUGACGUCACUAGAGAUGGAGCUUUGAGUCUUCAAGAAUUUUAUGCAGCUAUGCAUCUGGUUGUGUUACGAAGACAUCAUGUUCCUUUACCAGAUGUGUUACCUCCUUCUCUCGCACCUCCCAUGCCAGCCUCAGCCCCAGUUCCAGCUCCAGUUCCUGCUCCGCUUCCACUCCCAGUUCAAGUUGUAGCUCCAGCUCCAGUACCAGCUGUUCCAAAACCACCCCAGCCCAGUCCACCAAAUAAUACAAAAGAAAUAAGCAAGGCAUGGACGAAAUUUGUCGACUCUCCCACUGGGACCAGUGGUUCUCUUGCUAGUCCAGAUCCAAAGUUAGUUAAUUUUGAUUUUCAAAAGAUUGCAGUUGAAAGAGAUCCUCAAAUUUUACAUCCUGUUCCUUUGCGACUUACACCCGAAGCUUCUAUUCUCGCAUCCGGUGGAGGGAGCAGCAAUAGUAAUGGAAGCACGCUAGGUGAUGACGAAAACCAAGCUUCAUCCAUUACGCUUGUCCAAAGGCCUCAAGCUAAAAAACCUAUUUCAGCUCCUGAAGAAACCAUCAUAAGCACUCCUAAAAAAGAACCACCUCCUCCACCUCCACCAAGACCGUAUAGAACACACGCUAGAAGUUCUAGUCUGGAUCUCAACAAAUUAGGAAAAAACGGACAGAAUUUUUUGGGAGCACCACCGCUUGUACCGCCGAGAGUAUCACCUGGAAUUACUUCACCAAAAAAACUUGUGGGACAAAAAAGCGAGGUUGAGAACCAGAAAACUGACAAUCACAAAAAAGGCUUUGUUGCUGACUUCUCCCAUUUUUCAUCAAGGAGUGAUAGUAAUCACAACAAGGACAAGUGUCAGGCACAAAAAUUUACUGGAAUCUGUGGAGCAUUUCAAAUCUAUCGAAAGCCAAGUCCAAAGCGAGAAGGUGUUGAAGCAGAUGGAACAAGGGAAGAUGGGAGCGAAGAAACAAGGUUAACACUUCAAGAGCUACGGGAAAAGAAUGCAGAAUUGAAACUUGUUUGCGAAGAGUUGACAGUUGAAUUAGCUGCUGUUCUUCAAGAGAAAAUUAAUUUACGUGCAAAGCUGCUACAGACCUGAUCUUUUCAUCGUUCUGUCCCUAGGUGUUCUUAUUCAUUGAUUAUUCUAGCCAAUCGUCAUUAUCUCCUACUGUUGCGAUUUAUUUUUAUUUCUAUCCUGCCUGUAUUUAAUGUAUCACGCCACACAGUUCAUUAUCAUUUCUGUUUUGUUACUAUAUUUAUGAAGAAAUAAUUGUAUUUUACCAAAUAUUGGAGGGAUUAUUUUUUUAGUAAUCUCGAACAUCAGUCACCCAGUGAACCGUGUAUUGUUGUUUAUUGGAAAAGAUGUGGAUAGCCAUGAUGUCUCUGUAUUUAUGCUGAAUUUAUUAUCCGGUAUGUCAAGUCAUGAUAAAACUAUAUGUGAUUUAUUAUGAAAGAAAGCUUUGUUAUUAUUUAAUCAUGUAUCAAAGUCUUGAACAAAAAUCUGAGAUUUAUUUGUAAUAAUUAAUUUAGGUUGCAAAAUACUGAUGAUGACACUUGAUUCGUGCAUCGUAAUGAUCGACUGUGUAAAAUUAUGGAACUGUAAUAUUUAAAGAAAAGGUGUCUAAAAAUUAAACCAAACGACAUAUUUAGUCUAGUAUGUACUAUUUCUAUUUUUUAUUGCUGUAUUAUGUUAAUAAUGUCCUACUAAUUUAAAGUUAUGCUUGAGAGUCAUACCACAUAAGAUCAAUCUUAUUUUAUCAAAUUGUACAUAUUGAUAUACUUUGUGUUUUGUGUAUAGUUUCGAGGAAGAAAAAAAUUAGGCUCAUUUAAUUGCAGCCGCAUCUUCGAUAUUUCACAGCUAAAACAGUCAUUUAAGAUCACAUUUUUGACCAGCAUAUUUAAAUUUCGAGUUCGACUUUGUGAAAUUAUAGUUUAUAGCGCCUAACAGUAAUUGACAAUGGUACCUGACGUUUCGAAAUUAGAGUUUUAACAGAGAAAACCAGAGAGACUAAAUUGUGUUUCAUUAAGUUUUUAUAUGCAAUAAUAUAAAAGGAUUUCUGGUUUACAAGUGUCAGUAAGUUCACUUGUUCCAUUAUGUAUCAUAAAAUUCUUCAAGCACGGUAUCCAAGAAUUAUCGUUAUUGAAUAAGAGUUUGUGCCAUAGCGUGAUCUUUUGUUGACAUUGUUUUUAUUGUUUAAAUUACUGGUUCCUUAUCGUAUUACAGAUACGAGAGCAAUGGUUUCGUGAAAGUUAGAAAAAAAAGUUCAAUAGCAUAUGAUGUAUAUCAAGAAACAGUAACCGAUAUAUUUGUCGAUACUAGCCAUGAAAAUGCAUUUUUGUAAUUGUAUAAAUUAAACACAGUGUGUAAAAAAUA